GCCGCUUCCCCUCACGUGACCCCGCGGUGGCCGUUGCCGGGGUGACGGCGGGAGAGCUGGCAAUCCGGAGGAGAGAGAGCGCAACACUGUAACUGAGAUUUCUGCCGUGAGAAUUGCUAGUAACAAUUCACUAUGGGGGAUAUCCUGGCCCAUGAAUCUGAAUUACUUGGACUGGUCAAAGAGUAUUUAGAUUUUGCUGAAUUUGAGGAUACCUUGAAGACAUUUUCGAAAGAAUGCAAAGUAAAAGGAAAGCCAUUAUCUAAAACUGUAGGUGGAUCACUAAAGAAGGACUCCAAGUCACUGGUAAUCCAGAACGAUCUGGUGGCAGCAUUUGACAAUGGAGACCAGAAGUUAUUCUUCGAUUUGUGGGAGGGACAUGUUCCCAGCUCCAUCAGAGAUACUGACUCUCUGGCCCAGAAGCUGGAGUUCUACCUUCACAUCCAUUUCGCCAUCUAUCCUCUGAAGUAUUGUGGAGGCAGGCCGGACAAGCAGGAGCUAGAUGAGAGGAUUUCUUAUUUCAAAACCUACCUGGAAACCAAAGGGGCCGCCUUGAGCCAGACCACGGAGUUUCUUCCAUUCUAUGCCCUCCCUUUUGUGCCUAAUCCUAUGGUCCACCCUUCAUUUAAAGAACUCUUCCAGGAUUCUUGGACCCCAGAAUUGAAGCUGAAGCUGGAAAAGUUUUUAGCUUUAGUUUUUAAAGCCAGUAACACGCCAAGACUUUUAACCAUCUGUUCCCAGAAGGAGAAUGGACAGAAUAGCAAAGAAAUGCUGCAGCAGCUCCAUCAGCAGCUGGUGGAGGCCGAGCGACGGGCCAUGACCUACCUCAAGCGGUACAAUAAGAUCCAGGCCGACUACCACAACCUCAUUGGAGUCACAGCCGAGCUGGUGGAUUCUCUAGAGGCCACGGUCAGUGGCAAGAUGAUCACCCCCGAGUACCUGCAGAGCGUCUGUGUCCGCCUCUUCAGUAACCAGAUGCGGCAAAGCCUGGCACACAGCGUGGACUUCACAAGGCCUGGGACGGCCUCAACCAUGUUACGAGCCUCCUUGGUUCCUGAGAAGUUGAAGGAUGUCCCAUUACUGCCCUCCCUGGAUUAUGAGAAACUGAAGAAGGAUUUGAUUUGGGGCAGUGACCGCUUGAAAGCCUUCUUGUUGCAGGCUCUGCGCUGGCGCUUGACCACGUCCCAUCCUGGAGAGCAGAGGGAGACGGUCCUGCAAGCCUAUAUCAGCAAUGACCUCUUGGAUUGUCACAGCCACAACCAGAGGAACGUGCUGCAGCUGCUGCACUCCAAGAGCGAAGCUGUGCGGCAGUACAUGGCCAGGCUCAUCAACGCCCUGGCCUCCCUGGCCGAAGGUCGACUCUACCUAGCCCAGAACACAAAAGUGCUGCGCAUGCUGGAGGGAAGGCUAAAGGAAGAAGACAAGGACAUCAUCACUCGUGAGAAUGUUCUUGGGGCCUUGCAGAAGUUCAGCCUCAGGCGCCCGCUGCAGACGGCAAUGAUCAGAGACGGCCUCAUCUUCUGGCUGAUCGACCUUCUGAAGGACCCCGACUGCCUGUCUGACUACACACUGGAAUACUCUGUGGCUUUGCUCAUGAACCUCUGCCUCCGCAGUGCAGGAAAGAGCAUGUGUGCUAAAGUGGCAGGGCUCGUGCUGAAAGUCCUUUCGGAUCUCCUUGGCCAUGAAAACCAUGAGAUACAGCCAUAUGUGAAUGGAGCCCUGUACAGCAUCCUUUCCAUCCCAUCCAUUCGUGAGGAGGCCAGAGCCAUGGGAAUGGAGGACAUCCUGCGAUGCUUCAUCACAGAGGGCAACGCCGAGAUGACCCGCCAGAUGGAGUUCAUCAUCAAGCAGCUGAAUGCCGAAGAUUUACUGGAUGGUGUUCUUGAAUCCGAUGAUGAUGAAGAUGAAGAUGAUGAAGAGGAUCAUGACAUCAUGGAAGCUGACUUAGACAAAGAUGAACUAAUCCAGCCCCAGCUUGGAGAACUCUCAGGCGAGAAGCUUCUAACCACAGAGUACCUGGGCAUCAUGACCAACACUGGGAAGGCGCGACGGAAAGGCCUGACCAGCGUGCAGUGGAGUGGGGAUGAGCCCCUGAGGCGGCCUGUCACUCCUGGCGGCCACAGGACAGGGUGCCCAGUGCUGGGCGACCAUCUCGUUUCUCCCCAGAAUGCCCAACAAGCCAGACAUAGCUGCCUGCAGGCCCUACCAGCUACUCAGUCAGACAGCCACAAAAAGGGCAAACCUGGUGCUGCUGGGCGUGGCACAUCCUCUUCAUCAGUUAUGGAUCCCACGCCAAAAGAUUGGUUACUAGCUGGACAUCAAGAAGAACCUCGGUUGAUUCCCACAGCAGCCCCGAGUUGGCCAAAGGACGUGAUCCAGGACCCAAGCAGUGGACAUACCACCAGGGAAUUUACUUCAGCCUUCACCUGCAAACCCUGGGUACCCAGCACUCCAGAGGCCAUGGAGCUGAACACUCUCAAGGUGAAAGCAUUGUCUCUGGCCCCCCAGUUCUCCUCAAGUGGCCCCCACCAGGCCAGCCGCCCAGCUUCCACAGCAUCCUCCACGAGGGACCUGCAUAGCAGCCAGUCAGACAGGAAGUGAAGAUGGCUUCUUUCCCAAGCUGUCACCAUCACGUGUCUGAGGACCCAUCGGCUUCCGGUUCUCCACCAGCCAGCAGCUGCAGGUGAUGGAUGUGAAGAGACGCUUGUCUCUGAGAUCCUGGGUAGCAGAGGCCCGGGAAUGCCAGCCGGACAGGCUGCCCAGGAGCAAGGCUGUCAAUGCUCCACUAUCCAGGCAUCAUCUCCUCAAACCGAGCCGUGGGAAGAUGGUUGGAGAGGCCUGGACUGCUCUCCUGGUGAGAGGAAGCUCCCUGGUCAUCCUUUGCACCCGGAGGAGAAAAAGGCGUAGCUUUUGACCUCAAGAUACUUUGUGGCCCCAGAGAAUAGCAAAUUCCAGAUUCAACUUCCCUGGCCUUCAUAGAGUCUAUGCAAGACAUGAAGCCAUACCAUCGAGACACGUCAUGUCAUCCACAUGGAGAAAGUUAGGCCAGAGGAAUCUUUCCCAGAUGCCUGGCCAGGGUGACUGUGAAAGGUGACACAUGAACCAACCACAAACCACUAAGGACGACAGGGGACCCUCAUUCUCAAGACCUUAGUCUUAGCCAGGGGAUGUGCUGCCUCUAAACCAGAGGUUCUCAACCUGUGGGUCGUGACUCUGCGGGGGCGGGGGGGGGGGGAAUGACCUUUAACAGGGAUCAAAUAUCAAAUAUCCUGCUUAUCAGAUACUUACAUUAUGAUUCAUAAAAGUAGCAAAAUUCAGUUAUGAAGUAGCAAUGAAAAUAAUAUUAUGGUUGAGGGUCAUCACACUCUAAGGAACUGUGUUGAAAGGUACAAUAUUAAGAAAGUUGAGAACCACUGCUCUAAACUCAGAUGAAAGAUAAAAUGUUGCAGGUGAGGGAUGAAGGGGACAGAGGAAGAUGUGGAUACACUGCUCACAUACAAAGUUCUAAAGAAGAAAAAUUUAAAAAGAAGAAUAUGCCAUGGGUCCAGGGAUGUAGCUCAUGGGGUUGAGUGCUUGCCUAGCAUGCAUACAGCUCUCAGUUCCAUCUUCAGUAUCACAGAAACCAGAUGUGCUCACACCUGUCAUUCGCUUCUCAGGAGCGGGAGACUUGGGGAAGAGACGUUCAAGAUCAUCCUGAGCUACAUCGUGAGUUCGAGGCCAGCCUGGGUUACGUGUAACCUGGUUUUCCAAAGAAGAAUCUGGCGUGAUCUGGUGUACAGGGUAGACUCGGCCUUCCUCAGACAGUUGUUGGGGUUUCUGCUGUUGUUUUUAAAUUUAUUUAUUUUAUUGUAUGUAUCUUGGCCUGCAUCUCUGUAUGUGCACAGGUGUGUGCCUGGUGCUCAUGGAGGCCUGAUUAAGGUCUCAGAAGCCCUCAUGCUAGAGUUACAGGCAGUUGUGAGCCUCCAUCCAGGUGCUGGGAACAGAGCCCAGGUCCUCUGCAAGAGCGGCAAAUGCUCUAACCACUGAACCAUCUCUCUAGUUCCUCUUUAUAUAGAUUUAAAGGCCUUAAAAAAGGUGACCAGAUUGACCCAUCUCCCUCCCCUCCCCUUAAGAAGACAGUAAAUAUGAGACUGCCAACAUAAUGGUCGGUCCAACCACCCACUCCCUACCAAAGUAUUAUCAGGCCCAAGUCCUAGGACAAAGGAAAGAAAACCACCUCAGAGCUGCCGUCCUGAAUGUUAACCAAGUUAUAAAGCUGAAUAAAAUUAAUCGGUGGCGACA